AUGUCGACCUUUACAACCAUGGCCAAAACCUGGGACGACGACGACCGUCCAUCCACAAACUCCUCCAACGAGUACCCCGAACAUGUCGCACAUAUUCGUUCCAGGUCCAUUGCCCUCACUAACAGUCCCAAGCGGGUGUCCGUCUUUCGUGGUCGGUCCAGAAGCAAUACCACCACCUCCACUUCGUCACGCCGGUCACCGGUCUCUUCCAUGACCUCGACAGAUAGUUCAAUUGUAUCGGACGAGCGAGCCGUCUCGUCCUUGGGACUCCGCUCCGAUAAGCAGGAUAAAUCAUCCCGAUCCUUUUUGGCGCGGGGAAGCCGCAUCCUGCGCCGACAGGGGAGCAAGAUUAACAUUGUGGCCACGCUGGACGAGGAAGAUGAAGCCGAUCGUGGGAAGGCGAGGCCCGAGAGAGAGAUGUUUGGCCGUCGUGCCCGCCAUACCGAUCACAGCGAGCGCUUGAAAAGCAUCAUUUCUGAUCCUUUUGACUUCCACCACUUGACUCAUACCAACCCCUCGCAGUUCCAAUCCUUGGAUCAGACACGCGAGAAUGACCUGGUCACUGAGUUCUCAGCUAUCCGAGCAGCGCAACGGCCCCAGACCGAUCUCAAAGGUAUCCGUGCUGAGGACAUUCAUUUCCGCAAUUUUUCCAGUGACGAUCUGCGCUCGUUUGGAACGGCCACCACGGUUGAUGUGCCCAGCGUAAGCCCGCCGGCGUCGCCCAAAACGCACCGGCACCACACACGCAGAGAAUCGCGCGUCAACGAGAACUUCUCACGGCCAGUCUCCAGAUAUCCCCGGUCCUGCCCCACCACUCCCCCACCUCCUGGUGUGACCGAGACUCCCCCGCCGGAGACCGAUGAGCCUGCACCCCGUGCCAUCGACGAGAUCCUGGGUUUAUCCACUGCUACGACGUACCCAGAGUGUCUCCAAUCAGUGCAGCCAACCCAGUUUUUCAGCCCCGAGCCUACACAUGAUGGCACCAGGGCCUCGUCCAUGAGCAGCCAUUAUGAUUUGGAAGAUGUCCCUGAGGAAGAUGUCUCCGAGGAAGAGGAAGAAACCCGGUACUGGGACAGCUCCGAGUCCAGCGUCGGAUGCCCCCAUUCUCGCUCAACUUCUCAAACCAGCCCACCUCAAAUCGAGACCCAGUCACCCGAACGCAAAGCGCCAUUGUCGAUCUAUGUGACCGAGGAGCUCUCCAGGAAGUUCUCGGAGGCUCUAGGCUCCCCGACUCUCCCUCAGCAUCUGCAUGACACCCCCCGCGCCCAGGUAGAGGUCACACCACCCGAGCCGAUCGCCAGCCUGCACUUCUCAUACGAGGAGGAGCUAUAUGACUCAUGGGACGCAGACAUCGACUACUGCUAUGAGCACGCAGCCGAGUCCACCUCCAACUUCGACUGGGCUCGCACAUCCCUGGACGAAGUGCGCCCUGAAGUCGGCGUGGCCUGCGGCGAGGGUCCCUGGCUCGUCCCGAAGACCCGACACCUCCAACCGAGCCCACUCAGCAUCUCUGCCCUACCAACCCCAGACCUGACUCCCAGCUCAGCUCGGUCGAUGCCCUCCCACCCAGCCGCCACUCCGUCCACCACAGAUUUCGAGCAGGAGUUCAUCACGCGGAACGCAGACUAUUUUCAUCCCGUUAGUUCCUCGAUCAUCACCCCGAUGAGCAAACACAUCUCCCAGGAACCAUUGUAUGAGGAGUACAUGACGACUGAUGGCGAAUCAGACCGCCACUUCCCCUUCCCGCCGGGCAUGAUGGGCCCUAUUUCCCCACGCAACAGCUUCUCCCCGAUAAGUAAAUGCAACUCACAGGAGAGCCUGAUGCUCUCGCGCGCAGCCUCCAUCGUGCGCAAGCAUCGCUCCUCUGUUUCAACGACAACCAGCGUCCCAGAGCUCAUCUACAGCCUGUCCAGCAGCCGCGAGCUCAUACCAACGGACCGUAUGACAGCCGGCGAGGCACUCACCCGUCCUGCAUCUUCCUCCCACCACCGUCAGACCAAAAGUCUGGCUGAGGCGCACCUCCGACAGAAUGGCAGCAGCACGAGUCUUGAGGGUGCGGAUCUUCCAGUGUCUCUCCAUGACCGCGCCAAGUCCACUUCGGAGGUCGAGUCUCAACCGAUGAAAUUCGAGGUUCCUUUGCCUCCUGUUCCCCCCAGAAACCCGAACAGAAGAAAAGCUCGCUCACCAUCUUACUCUCUUUUCCCAACAACCGCUCACUGA